CUUCGUUAGAGCAGUCAAGCAAUGCAGAGAAUUAUUAGCCGGAAAAACCCCUACCAGGAGGAAAGCAAGAAACUCUUUGCAAAAACCCAGAAACCAGAAUAAAGGAGGAUUACCCACUUUCUCAGUCCUUCUAAAAACUCCAAUUCCUUUACCCACACAGAUUCUCCUUCUUGGGUUCUUCUUCUUCUUGCGUAAAGUUCCUUCCUUUCUGAUCUCCUAAAGAAAACCCUUCUCUGUCAGAAGCCAGAAUCGUUAAAAGGGGCUCACCGGGGUCAGAGAGGGAAGAAAGUUCUUGGGGAACAGAGAAAAGGAAAAGGAAAAAUAAUGAACCAGAAAGCCAACGUUUCCAGGGAACUUAACGCCAAGCACAGUAAAAUAUUGGAAGGGCUGCUCAAAUUGCCUGAGAAUAGAGAAUGUGCUGACUGCAAAAGCAAAGGUCCCAGGUGGGCUAGUGUGAACCUUGGAAUCUUCAUUUGUAUGCAAUGUUCUGGAAUUCAUAGAAGUCUUGGAGUACACAUAUCACAGGUAAGGUCUGCUACACUAGACACAUGGCUGCCUGAGCAAAUUGCCUUUAUCCAAUCUAUGGGCAAUGAGAAAUCAAACAGUUACUGGGAAGCAGAGUUGCCUCCUAACCAUGACAGAGCUGGGAUUGAGAACUUCAUCAGAGCAAAGUAUGUGGAUAAAAGAUGGAUUCCAAGGGAUGGGAAAGCAAGAAUCUUGCCAUCAAAUGUGAAUGGAGAAAAGGGUUCGAUAGCUGGAGGAGCUAGUAGGAGUAAUGAGCAGAGACAGAUAACUAGAAGUGAUUAUGAUCGUGCUUCUAUGGACAGAAAGAUUGCCCCUCCACCCGUUACUACCAAUGGAAGUAGUGUUCGUGUCUCCAAGAGUGCCAAUCUGGAGCCUGUUGCUGUUGCUGUUGCUGUUCCUCCCAAGAGUAGUCCUCCAGAGCCAGUUAAAGUAGUUCAGCAGCAGCAGAUUGCGGCUCAAACCCCAAAACCACAACAACCUGUGAAGAACUCUGAACCAGCAGUAACAAAGCCAGCACUGCCGAAGAAGGAAACAAGUCAAACCCCACCUGCACCUGCACCUGUACCAGCACCGACACCAGCACCAGCACCUAAAGUGGACUACGCAACUGAGCUUUUCAACUUGCUUUGCAUGGAUGGUUCCAGCUUAAACGGCUCUAAUGCUCCGCCAAGCAGUAACGCUUGGAGUACUACUGUAACCGAGAAAAAAGCAAUUGAAAAGCCCAGUAUGAUCACUCCACUUCCCAUGCCUCAACAGCAUUUCCAACAACAACAGCAGCAGCAGCCAUUCCAAAUGCCUUACUCAGCAAAUUCCAAUGUAGGAUCCCAAGGUUUACCCACAAAUGGGAAUACAAUGAAUUCAAAUGGGGUUCAGUUUUCCCAACAUAACUGGCAAGGAACAACCGGACACCAAGCUCCUGCAAGCACAUCGAUUCCCAUGGCUGCUUAUCAUCCUGGAAAAUAUAAUCAGACUGGAAACAACCCACAGAUGCAUCCAAUAGCAAAUGCAUAUCCUAUCCCAAUGUCAAGUAUAUACGGGCAAGGGCCGGUUGCUCCCAUGAAUGGCGUGGCAAUGCAUCAUCAUCAUCAUUAUCCAGCUGCUGCUCCUCAACCAUAUCCAGUUUCUGUAGUAAAUCAGCCUCAGGGACAAUAUUAUGAUUUAUUGAGCUUCACGCCAGGUGUAUAUCGGACAUGGUGAAACAGAGAAUUGCUCUCUGUUUUCUUUUUCCUUGGACCAAAACACAUUUACCUGGAACUUGUAGACGUAGUCUUGUGCAAAAUAUUUAUUGGAAAUAAUAGAAAGAAAUUGGUUUCCAUUUCUUUUCGGAGCAGACUUCGAUUUGGUUCAAUAAAAAAAACUAAAUAAGAUAGGAAUGUUAGGUCGAGGUUUACGACGAGAGCAAAUGCGAUAAAACUGCGGUGAUUUGAGUCUAUCAAAAAAAUAUUACCGGAU